AUGGCUGAGCUAAUUUCAUCAGAGCUCUGGGAGCGAUCUGAAGGACUUUACGCCUUCCCCGAGAGCAGUCUGAAUGCCGAUAUUAAGCAGAUGCUUUACAAAACUCUUGUGGAAUACAAGGCUAUCUUCAGAGUCAAGCCCCAGAAGAGCAGCGUUGAAUUUAUCAAAACGCCAGCUGAAGCUUGGAAAGACGGGAAAAAGGGCUCUAAUAGAGCAGACAACUGUCUAGCCUGUGACCUGAGUCGAUUCAUACGCGACAAGAAGGCUGUGGAUGCCAUUUGUACCCUUUGCAAAGGUAGAAAGAAGAAGGGCUACACAUGGCCUGAACUACUGGCGUUCCUUUCACCAGUGGAGUAUGGAAAGAACGAAAAUUGGCGUCGAGAGUUCAUCAAAUCGAGCCGCCAUGUCACUCGAAUGCGAAGAAAGAUCAACGUUUGGAGAGAUUGUGGCGGCGACGCUUGGAUCAAUGAUCUUCGGAAAGCACAGGAAUGGGACCAAGGUGAGGAGGUCCCUAUCGUCUAUAGCCUGACCCGUGAUUCUGAACUGAGGGAUAUGGGUUAUUCACCACCCUUGAGUGGUGAGACUCUACACAAUGCUGCCGAAGACAGUCCAAAGAACGACCCAUUCGAUGACGAAGGUGAAGAAGUUCCCUUCUCACUUCCACCAAAAACGCCAGCGAAACACGACAAUCCUCGCCCACCUUCCUCUCAGCAUCAUCACUCAACCACAUCUAAACAUACCAGUGACGCCCGCUCCUCUCGAGCACCGAGCGUGUCUCAUAGCAAACACUCCUCUCGCCCCUCCCGCUCCUCGAGCGUAUCCCACCACUCCCGCCACCAGCAGGAAGAACUCCUCACACCCAAGGUGUUCGAUCCUCAUCGUUCAUCACACAAAUCACACACUUCCAGCCACGCACCCUCCUCGCACCCAUCUCGGACAGAAAGCGUCGCUCACAGCAAACACUCCUCCCACUCCUCCCGCCAUUCAACAUCAUCACGAACGUCCCGUGCCUCCAGCGUCUCCCAUGCUUCGGGGUAUCCGCAACCAGAUCUCCUGACGCCUGCGAAUUUGCGACGUCAUGAAUCAACGCUUUUGAGUGAGGUUUCUGGUCAUACUAUCACACCGCGUCGUGCUGAGCCCAAAGCUCCGAUGCGUAAGUCUUGUGCUGCUGAGAGUAAGCGCGAGAGGGCUUCGACUGUUUCGACGUCUGUGGCGUAUAGGGCGCUGCAUGGGGAGUAUGUGUGA